GAGGGCUCUGCAGCGUCACUGAGCUGGUGCAGUGCAAGACGCUCGCUCAUCCUCACCGAUGGUCUGCAGAACAAGGGGGACUUAAAAAAAAAUUCACUUCUGAAACAAAAAAACAUCCUACAUUAACAAAAAAAUCACGAAAAAAUAACAAAACAACAAAAAAUCCAUCAUGAGCUACGAUCCUUACAUCUCGUACCGCCGCACUUGGGACAACUACCGAGGCUCCUCUCUACCCUCCACCAAAUCCUUCAUGUACUCCUCUCUUUACUCCUCCUCUUCCUCCCGAGCCCUGGGCCUGGCGGCUGGGAAGCAGCGGACCCUGCGUCCACUGGCCUCUUCCUCUCUGCCGGAUGCGUCUGCGCGGAUGGACCUGGCCCAGGCCUCCAGCCUCAACACGGAGCUGCUGGGACUCCGCAGCCAGGAGAAGGAGCAGCUGGUGGGCCUCAACGACCGCUUCGCCACCUACAUCGACAAGGUGAGGCACCUGGAGCAGCAGAACCGGGCCCUUCUGGCAGAGCUGGAGGCCCUCAGGAGGAGGCAGAGGGACCCGUCCCGUCUUCAGGGGCUCUACGAGGGUGAAGCCCGGAGCCUCAGGGCUGCAAUCGACCAGAAGACAGGAGAUAAGAUGCGCAUGGAGGCAGAGAGGGACUACCUGAGGGACGUGUAUGGGCAGCUGAAGGAGCGCUACGAGGAGGAGGCGCGGUGCCGCGCGGAUGCGGAGGAGGCCCUGCAGAGGGCCCGGGAAGAGGUGGGGCGGGCCGUGCUGUCUAACUGCGACGCAGAGGCCAGCGUGGUCUCCCUGGAUGAGGAGAUGUGCUUCCUGAAGAAGGUGUUUGUGGAGGAGCAGGCGGAGCUGCAGGCCCAGGUAGCAGCGGCUAACGUGUGCGUUGACAUGGAGGUGAGCAGGCCAGAUCUGUCGGCGGCACUCAGGGAGAUCCGGGCGCAGUACGAGCGGCUGGCCAAUAAGAACAUGCAGGCGGCCGAGGACUGGUACCGGGGGAAGUUUGAGUCAGUGGCGGAGAUGGCAUCGAAGAACAACGAGGCGGUGCGCUCCAUCCGGGAGGAGACCAUGGAAUACCGCCGGCUGCUCCAAUCACGCUCUUCUGAGAUCGAGGCCCUGCGGAACGUCAUCGAGUCGCUGAACAAACAGCUGGAGGAGCUGGAGGAGCACCAGGGGAAAGAGGUCACCAAGUACCAGGUGAGGAUAAACGAUCUGGAGAGCGACAUAAACGAGGCUAAGCAGGAGAUGGCUCGCUACCUCAGGGAGUACCAGGACCUUCUCAAUGUCAAAAUGGCUCUGGACAUUGAGAUAGCUGCAUACAGGAAACUCCUGGAGGGAGAAGAGUUCAGGCUGACCUUCUCUGCCCUGAACUAAAACCUCUUCAACCUAAACCCCAAUAACCCUGAACCCCAAUAUCUCAAUACCCUAUACCCUAUACCCAAUACCACCCCACCCUUACCUAAA